AGGUGUGCAGUGGGAGUGAUGCUGGGAAACGUGGGAACCCCCCCACAUUCUUAUGCCUGAUAAAUAGUUGCUUUUGCUGUCUGGCUGGAGAGGCCAUGGCUCUUUUCUGGCGACAUCGGUGGCUACUUGUGGAAUGUGUCAUCCUAAGCAUCACCCAUUUGGCUUUAUCUCAGAAGAGGCGGUGUAUUUUCCAAGUUCCACACAACCUUGAUUUUCAUGAGUAUGGUUAUGUGAAUGGAUCAGUGCAGUAUUGUGAUUUUACUGAUUGCUGUGUAGGUUAUUACAUAAUCAAAAAUGGUGAACUUGAAGUUGAAUCUCUUGGGUGUUAUUUGACAGAAAAGUCUUGUUCAAAUUCAAGGUGCUCAAGAACACCCUUUGACAGAAAUCACAUUAGAUGUAUUUGUAAUAGUGACUUAUGCAAUGACAACAUUACAUGGACUCCAGAGCAACCUCUUCCACUCACAUACUCCUAUGAUAUUUACUUCUAUGUUGGGAUAUUGGUGGUUUGUUCGAUAUUGGCCCUGGUAGUAUUUUGUGUAGCUGUGGCCACAUUUAACCUCUUCCGCAAAGAAACAAAAGAACGUGCAAACUCUCUUCAUGAUCCACUGUGUGCCAAACCCGCAGACAUUGACAUACAACUACAGCGGAUUGUGUGUGAAGGGGUUUUUGCUACUGUUUGGGAAGGGAGAUACCAGGGCACCCGUGUGGCUGUGAAGGUUUUUCCUAUGGCCUGGAAACACAAGUUUAUUGCAGAACGUGAAGUUUACCAGCUUCCAUUGAUGGCACAGGAAGGGAUUGUCCAGUUCUUGGGCUCUGGACCUAUUGGCACAUAUGAAGUCCUUGUUCUUCAAUAUGCUAAAUAUGGUUCUCUGCAUUCUUAUUUAUCAACACACACCUCCAGCUGGAAGUCAUCACUCGUGUUGUGUCAGUCCUUAUCACAGGGACUUUCUUACCUCCACUCAGACCUUCACAAAGAUGGUGUUCAUAAGCCUGCAGUGGCCCAUAGAGACCUCAGCAGCUCUAAUGUCCUUGUGAAAGCAGAUGGAACCUGUGCCCUUAGUGAUUUUGGGUGCUCUACUAUUCUGUGCUCUGGGCCAAACAGCUGUCAUUUUUACUCCAGAAAACUAGAAGGUGAAAGCCGGAUGGGUACGCUGCGUUACAUGUCACCUGAGAUCCUGCAGGGCUCUGUGUGCCUUAACAGUAACUGGUGUCUUCAGGGAGACAUCUACUCUUUGGGACUAGUCCUGUGGGAAAUCUGGAUGCGAUGCUCUGAUUUAUUUGGUGAGAGGAUUCCACUGCAUCUACUUCCAUAUGAAAACGAGUUGGGGACCAGUGUAUCACUAGAAAACCUCCUCCAGCAUGUAUUUUACAUGGACCAACGACCAAAAAUCCCAGAAGUCUGGCAACAGCACCCACAGGGGGAAGCAAUCCAGGAACUUUUGUGCGAUUGUUGGGACUCUGAUGCAGAUGCAAGACUAUCUGUUUCAUGUGUUUUGAACAGAUUAGUCUCAUUUUAGUGAUAUUGUUCAUAUUCUGUUACUUUUCAGUGGUCUAAUAUACUCUAUCUAGAUUAGAAUAUUUUUAGGAAAAUUCUUGCAUUAAUAUUACAUCCGUCCAUCUUCCUGUGCUUAUGUCUGGCCAAUCUUCCCUCACCCCAGACACUUUCUCCAACUCUUUUGGGGGGACCUCAAGAUGUUCAUUGGACUGUCAACAGAGAUAGUCUUUCUAUUCAAUUCAGAGUAGCAUAAAUUCUAAUGUCAGCACCAUCAAACUGAAAAUGGCUUCUGAAAAUGAGAUGAAACAUCUUGAUAGCAAAAACAGUGUCCAGAUCACUACCCUAAAAAACACUCCUGGACGAAUGAGGGACUACAGCAUCUAGUCCAAUAUUACAAACUUAAAUAUCAGGCUGGUUACUUGGUAUUUGUUAACACAAAUGUGUUGCCUUUUUGCUUGGUCCACAUGAUAGCCUAUAUAUAUAGGCAAUACGACAUUCAAAAUAGCUUUUAGCUUUUAUUAUACACUGAAAAUAAAUUUUAUUUUUAGUACAUUUUGAAACGCAUCCAGAUGACAACUAUCUGGGUUGUAACAGCAGUAAAGCUUAACUUGAAUUGUGACAGUUUGCGUGCCAAAUCCAGAACGAUAUCUCUCUGUAUUUAUUAAAGUAUUGAAAAGUGUGAAUUCUGGAUCCCAAAUGUUCUGUAAGAUAUAGACCUACAGGGCGAAUUUUGAAGAAUGUUGA